AAGGCACAUGCUUUAAUUGUUAUUUUCUCGUUGAUGCUAUUGAUGUUAGCAUGUGCCAACGCCGAAAGUUCCACAACCACUGAAGCCCCCACAACCACGACUGAAUCUCCGUCAGUUCCUCAAUGGUCAUGGACGGACUUUAUUAAGUUUUUCAACGGCAGCAGUAGUGGAAACAAAUUCUACUUUUUCUUCUAGGCCUGAUUAACCCGUUUACUGUUGCUUCAUUUUUUCUAUCUUUCUUCUUAAAAAUAAAUGUUCAAACUUCUUAAAGCCUAACCUCA